AUGCGUAGGAGCCUUUAUUUACUUUCUGGUACUUUGAAGGGUGAAUUGUUUGGAGUUCUGCUGGAGCGAGGAAUUCAUGGGUUGAAAGAUUUUGAGUUGGCGAAGUCAUUGCAGAUUUCAUCAUCCACAUAUUGUGCACGUAUUAAUUCUUCUGAAAAGAAAGUGGAGGAAUCCCAAUUAGAUACCGAAGACUCUGGAGCAAUUGAUGAUGACCUCGGUGACAGUGGUACAUGUAGUAGUGAUGAUGAUUCUGGGUGCAAUUCAGGAAAUUCCCAAAUGAAAAAAUUGUACUUAUAUGAACUAUGGCAAAAGUAA